AUGUUACAGGGAGAGGAGGGGGAGAGGGGUGCGGCCCAACACCACACUACCCAGCCCAACAUCACACCACCCACCCCAAACCACACCAUCCAGCCCAACACCACACUACCCAGCCCAACACCACACCAACCACCCCAACACCACACCAUCCAGCCCAACACCACACCACCCACCCCAACACCACACCACCCACCCCAACACCACGCCACCCACCCCAACACCACACCAACCACCCCAACACCACCCUACCCACACCAACACCACACCAACCACCCCAACACCACGCCACCCACCCCAACACCACACCAACCCCCCCAACACCACCCUACCCACACCAACACCACAUCAACCACCCCAACAUCACCCUACCCACACCAACACCACGCCACCCCAACCCCACGCCACCCACCCCAACACCAGGCCACCCACCCCAACAUCACACUAACCACCCCAACACCACCCAAACAUCACGCCACCCACCCAAAACACCACCCUACUCCCCCCAACACCACCCUACCCUCCCCAACACCACACCACGCCACCUACCCCAAACCCACACCAGCCACCCCAACAUCCUGCCACCCACACCAACACCACACCCACCCACCCCAACACCAUGCCAACUACCCCAAUACAACGACACCCACCCCAACACCACUCCACCCACCCCAACACCACAAAACCACAUUACCCACCCCAACAUCACGCCAACCACCCCAACACCACACCCACCCACCCCAACACCAUGCCAACCACCCCAACACAACAACACCCACCCCAAAACCACCCUACCCACCCCAACACCCUGCCACCCAUACAAAACACCAACCUUCCCACCACAACAUCACCACACCUACCCACCCCAACACCAUGCCAACCACCCCAACACAACGACACCAAACCCAACACCACCCUACCCACCCCAACACCCUGCCACCCACCCCAACACAACGACACCCAACCCAACACCAUCCUACCCACCCCAACACCACCCUACCCACCCCAACACCCUGCCACCCACCCCAACACAACAACACCCAACGACACCCAACCCAACACCAUCCUACCCACCCCAACACCACCCUACCCGCCCCAACACUACACCACCCACCCCAACACUACGCCACCCACCCCAACAUCACACCAACCACCCCAAAACCACCCUACCCAACCCAACACCCUGCCACCCACCCAAAACACCAACUUUCCCACCCCAAUAUCACCACACCUACCCACCGCAACACCAUGCCAACCACCCCAACACAACAACACCCAACCCAACACCAUCCUACCCACCCUAACACCACCCUACCCACCCCAACACUACGCCACCCACCCCAACAUCACACCAAUCACCCCAAAACCACCCUACCCACCCCAACACCACCCUACCCACCCCAACACCAUGCCACCCACCCCAACACCACACUACCCACCCCAACACCAUGCCACCCACCCCAACACCACUCCACCCACCCCAACACCAUGCCAGCCACCCCAACACCUCAAAUCCAGUGUCUGGGCCUAUCUGUCUCUUCACUCUGA